UUUAAUAUCGAACAUAUUUGUUGUUAUUGUAAACUUCCAAGUUCUUUUUCUCAUUCUUUAUUGAACUAUUUAUGCAAUGGUUCCAAUAAUGUCUCUGCCUUCUGAGGUGAUUAAUAUCAUCUUAUGUAAAGAGAACGUCAGCAUUAAAGAUAUUGUGAGUUUCGCUUGCACAUGCAAGAGGUUUAACAAGAUAAUCAAUGACAAUGUUCUUUGGCGAAAGAAAUUUUAUCAGAGAUGGUCUUUUUUAAGGGAAGAAUAUGAUGAACUAUCGUGGAAGGAAAAUCUUGAUUUUCUAGAACAAGUAAAAGCAGGUAUAAGUUUUAAGAAACAAUUAUGGCAUUUCAUGUCGCUAAAGUCUAAGCAGAUUAACAAUCGUUGUGUUGACUUGAAGGAUUUGCAUUCACUGUUUGAUCCAGAUAAUGGUGCAUAUUUUAUGAAAUAUUAUUUCUUUGUAAAUGAGCUAAAGUUGCUUUUACAAUCAAAGAAAAAUAUGACUUAUACGAUAUCCAAUGUACCACAAAGACAUUUUUUAAAGGAGUUUCUUCUCAACCUGCACUUUUAUCAUUUAAGAAACAAGUGGCACAAAUUUAUAAAUUAUCCUGAGGAACAACAGAUUUUAGAAGAGGCAGCUGUCAUUUUGGCACAGUGGUAUCAUUUUCAAAGCUAUGUGUCUUACAUGUAUGUGAAACCGUCACUGGAUAGUAUUGUGCAGCGGGUAUUGGAGUACCUUAUUAACAAAUAUCCUGCGCAUCCAAUAUCUUCAAUAUCCGCUGAGAAGUUUUCCUUUUGGAAAUACAAUAAUAUUGAUGACAGUCAUUGGAAUGGGAUAGAAACAAGACAGAUUUUAGAGAGUCUAUGUAAAGUUUUACAUAAUGAAUUAGGUUUUCAAGGAAUUUUUGGGAAAUGUUUGGGGCCUGAGGUUAUAAAAAAUAAAUUUUGUUUUGGACUACCUCUGGGAAUAAUAUAUAACAGUGUGGCGAGGAGACUCGGUGUGCGCUGUGAUUUAGUAUCUUCUCCAUUUCGCUUUUUAUACUGGAGAAAGGAAUAUGAUAUUGCAAAUUUGGGAGAUAAACAUUUUUAUAUUGAUAUCCUAUGCUGUGAUUCUUCUUUGACUCCAAGCUGUAGUUAUGACGAUAUGAUUAUUAAUCUUACAGAAAUAAUGCCUACAGUAUUGAGAUUAUUGCAUAAUGAGUUUGAUGGGCAUAAAGAGAUACGUUUAGAUGAAUUUGCUUUUUACGAAUCUGUCAGAGUAGACUUAUUACCUAAAAGUAGUUGGUGACGCUAGCUAAUAUGUGCCACAUCAAUAUGGAACAUGUUUCAUUAGUAAUAGAAAAAUGUAGUAAAAUAAAUUUGCAAUCUUAGCUUUCAUUAUGUCAUUAUGUCAUAAUCUUUAUUUCUAGAUGAUGGCACAAAUAAGUAAUUAUUAUAAUGUAUCCGUGAGUAUGGACUUUGAAGCAAUAAAAACCGAAAGUACACACAGGAAUGAAAGUAAAAUAGUAAUGGAACUGUCAUUUCUGGAAUUAAGGUUCUUAAACAAAUCAGAUAGAAACGCGAUUAAUGAUCUGGAUUGCAUAUAUGUACGACAGCAGGCGAAUUUAUCCAACCUUGUAUUGAUAAAUAUGUGUAAAUAAAUGUGUGCAUACAUACACACACACACACACA